GUGACCUCUGCUUUAGAAAAGUGUCAUGACGCGUCCUUGUGAUGACGUCAUCACCAGAGCGCUAUCUGUCGUGUCUUUCGGUUUACAUUGCAUUGUCUCUUGUAUUUUCUAAUGUUAAACGAUUUUAUUCACGCGCACAUCAUUUGGAUUACAAUAUCAUCAGUUAUCUGCGCUACAUUCCGUAGUCAAUUGUCGACUGUCUGGGCCACUGAGUGCUCCUGGAUGGCAUUUUUCUUAUGAAUGGAUCUGAAUGCGAUGGCAGAGACUUAUCAGCAGAAAAACAAAAUGUGUUUUAUUCUUGGUGCUUCUGGGGAAACUGGAAAGGUGCUACUAAAAGAAAUAAUGAAGAGUAACAUAUUCUCCAAGAUCACUCUUAUUGGCCGAAGGCAGUUAAAUUUUGAGGACGAAUUCUGUGAAAAUCUGGUGCAGAAGGUGGUGGAUUUUGAAAAGCUGGAUGAGUAUGCUGAAGUGUUUCAGGGCCAUGAUGUGGGAUACUGCUGUCUAGGAACAACCAAAGCCAAAGCAGGAAAUGAAGGGUUUGUGCGUGUAGAUCAUGACUAUGUACUCAAGGCAGCAGAACUUGCUAAAGCAGGAGGUUGCUCUCACUUUCAUCUGGAAUCAUCCAAGGGAGCAGACAAAACCAGCAGCUUUCUCUAUCUGAAAACUAAGGGACAGGUUGAAGCAGAUAUUGAGAUCCUUGGCUUUGAGCGUCUCUCUAUCUACCGGCCAGCGGUGUUAUUGGUGGACAGACAGGAGAGCAGGCCAGCUGAGUGGAUGGCCAGGAAAUUUCUUGGUCCAUUGUCUUAUAUCUUCCCUACUGCAUUGUCAAUCCCAAUCACUUCAUUGACUAGAGCUAUGGUAGUCAACACACUAAAGGAUGGAGAACAAAAAGUAGAAAUACUUGAAAAUAAAGCCAUAUACAAUCUUGGGAAAAUAUGACCUUUUUUCUUUUGUGCAAUUCUGCCAGAACAAUUAGCAAAAAAAAAGUGUUUCAAGCUGUUUCUUAAAGCUGUUUCAAAAGGACUUUGACAUGUUUUCAUCAUAUAUAAGGUAACAUACUAUGUUGUACUAUGGUGUUUGUGUUGUGCUUCUCUGUUUUCUCCUCUAGACUCUGAUGUGUUUCUAUUGUGGUUUUGUAAAUGCACAUAAACUCAGGAAAGAAAUAUUCAUCAACCACUGUACCAGUCAAAACAUGGAUUAUAUGCAUAUGUCCAGAUCAUAAAAAUGGUUUUAAAAUAAUUUUGACAUAAAAUAAUUUGCUUUAAUACUUUCCUUUGACUGACAUUUGAAUUUAUUUGCCCUAGACUUGCAUAAUACAUUUUAAUUUUAGAA